GAAAAAUGUAAAAAGUCGACUAAAAACAUAUAAAUAUAUACACACAUAUAAAUAUUUGUUUGCUGCAAAAUUAUUUUCAACUAUAAUUUCAACGAAACGAAAAUUAAAACAAACCAACAAACGUAAUCGAAAUUGACACAAACCAAACGAAAAACAACCAAACGGCUUAAAGCUUGCAUGUAGUCCACAAUUCCAAGUAGUAAACGAUAAGGCAACUAUAUAGAAUUGAACGCAAUAGGGAAUCGGGAAGAAGUUGCAGCUAAUUUCUGGUUCGUAUAACUCCAUUAGAAGGCGAUUAGCAUAUUGAAGGACGAGCGAAGGAAGUGGCGGGUAACCCGCUACAGUGGCUGAAGUGCCAACGAUAAUUCAAUCAAAGGGCUGGAAAAAGUUUCCCGGAAAACUGAUUCUAAACGAAGAAGAAAACGAAACUGUAAAACUCCAUCAAAACACUCGGAUAAAGUGGAAAACGUGUGCGUGCGCGUGUGAAAAACUUUUAUCAUCAGGCCGAGGGUCUUAAUUUCUACACUUUACAAGUUCCGCCAGCCAGCGGUAUACUACAGCGGAAUGUCCUUCUUGGCCAUGGACCACCAUCAUCAUCAUCAGUCGCGUCAGCACCACAAUCAUCAUUGCCACCUCAGCAUGUGGCCGUCAUUCGCCGUCUGUCUGCUCCUCCUGCAGACCACCACCACCACCAUGGCCAUCGAUUUGAGCCGUUUGUACGGGCACAUGGCCAACCCCAUCGUGAAGCGGAGCGAAGCCUGUCAUCCAUAUGAGCCCUUCAAGUGUCCGGGGGAUGGUAAUUGCAUUUCCAUCCAAUAUUUAUGCGACGGUGCACCCGAUUGCUCUGACGGAUACGAUGAGGACAUGCGUCUGUGUACGGCGGCCAAGCGGCCGCCCGUCGAGGAGACUGCAUCCUUCCUCCAGAGCCUGAUCGCCUCCCACGGACCCAAUUACCUGGAAAAACUUUUUGGCAGCAAGGCACGUGAUGCCCUUUCACCCCUUGGCGGAGUCGAGAAGGUCGCCAUCGCCCUGAGUGAGUCGCAAACGAUUGAGGACUUUGGCGCUGCCCUUCAUCUAAUGAGAUCGGACUUGGAACACUUGCGCUCGGUUUUCAUGGCGGUGGAGAACGGAGAUCUCGGCAUGCUGAAGUCGCUGGGAAUCAAGGACUCGGAGUUGGGCGACGUGAAGUUCUUCUUGGAGAAGCUGGUCAACACCGGAUUCCUCGACUGAGUAGCGCCAGAUCCGGCUUCUGGAUUUUAUUACGCACACGCACAGCCCAUCAAUCCUAAUUUCUAUUCGUAUUUGGGCACGCCCUACGAUAAUUACAAUUAUUAAAUGCGAAUUUCACCGAAACACACGUACCUACAUUCAUCGACCCCAACAAAUCAGCCAAGAAUGCCCCUCCAUUUCAGCCAAAACAUAUUUUCUCAAACUCUAUUUUUGAGUAUGAUUUUGCUUUCCAAGACCCUUCUUAUACGAUUUUUAAGGUUCAUUUAUUUUCAUUUUCCACACACUUUUAUAUAAAAACAAAAAUCAAGCAACCAAAAACUAAAAAAAAUUGCAAAAGAACACGAAAAAGCUACAAAAAAAUAAAGGCGCGAAGAGAAAAUAUACAUACGCAAAUAAACAAACAAUUUCGAACACAAAUCGGCUUCUAUCUACCGAAAAGCAAAUCGCUUUCUCCCAACUUUCAGCGCUCCUUCCUAGACUUUCUUUAUGCGUUGCGGUUCUAUCGCGAACUAUGUUUAUUUUGAGAAAAUCUACGCGCAAACUUCAGAACAUUGCAGAAAAACUUCAUAAGAACUAUAAAAAUAAAAUGUGGAAGCAGGAUCGUUUGGCAGACCCAAAAAGAAAACGAAAAAAACAAUAUAAUUAAAAAAGAAAAUUAUCAAUGUUUAUAUAUCGAACUUUUUCUGAAGCAUAUGUAUGUAUACAGAUACUAAACAUUUUUAUUGGUGUAUAUGUAAGUGUUUCAAGGCUUUUAGAUCCGUCACUAAUGGUAUUCACAACAAAAGUCCCUACGAACAAUGUAUGCAAAACCGAAACCGAUGCUAUCAGUAAAGAACCUUCCAACCAUUUUCUAACGUGCUACUCCAGCACACCUACGUAUCUUCUUUCGAUAAACGUCUAUUAAUUAUAUACUAUAAACUAUGGAAUACUUCUUUAGUUUUAGUCGGUAAAAGUAGCGAAAGCCCUGCAGCUAUUGUUGUUUCCAGUAGAAAAACUCUUUGAUGUUUCAAAUCAAAUUUACUAAUAAACUAAACACACGUCGUUAUAGAAUCUAAAAUCUCUGUGUCGUGCUACUGUGCAGAGGUGAAAUUAUUGGUUUUGAGUUGCAUAAUUCACGGAACGUUUUGUAUGUCUAAAUAUAUCGAUGAGAGAUCUCAAGCUACAUACUCAAAGCAAGGAAUUAUAAAGCCUAACCCUAAUUUAAAAAUAAUACAUACAACUUUACUCAAUUUUCAGCAUAUAUAUAUUUCUUAGAAGAAAAAACAAACAAAAAGCAGCAGUAACCAAUGUGGGAUUCUCCGUUUUCAGGUCCAGUUUCGAUUUGCCAAUGAACUAAAACUGACCCAAACAAUUUGGAAUAUUUUCUAAGCAAAUCCCGAAACUGGCUCUCAAAAUACAAAAACACAUUACUACCUACCUAGUCUAAGAACUCUCGAAUUCAAACAUUCUUCAAAUGGAGCACGGAAUUGUUGACCAGAUAGGGUGGCAAGUAACUAAAACGAUUAGGAGGAAUCAGAGGAGAAAUUGAGAACCCAAUGUUAAAGAAAGAUUCGUUAGAUUAAACCGAAAAUUAAUGGAGUUAUAAGUACCUUGAAUUAGCUGAUAGGUCGUACAACAACUACAGCAAAAGUAAACUAUAAUUAUUUAUUGAAAUAAAAGAAAAUCAGAAAAACAUUUUAACUACCUAUAUAGUCGUCUAUUCAAAAUAUAUUUACGAGUAUAUAUUAUUCGAAAGAACUUAAACAAGUCAAGAGUAAUAUUAAAAGAAUAAUAACAAAAAGAAACUGAUCCAUUGAACUAUAUAUAUAUAUAUAUAUAUAUAUAUAUUUAUGUUUAUGAAUAAAAGAGGAUGUGAGAAUAUGCCCCAUGUAAAUAAAGAAGACAAACUACGAAUUCCAUAAUCGAUGCAAAUGAAAUGGAAACACAAAAAACAAGUGAUAAUAUGUUUUUUGCGUUCCAUCAAAACACCUUCGCCUGUAAAUUUGAAAUAAUUUAAAUAUCUACAAAAAUAGAAACCAAAAAAAAAACGUUUUUCUCUGUGAAUAUUUUUUAAAAAUUUAAUAUACUAUAACUAUAUAUAAAACCGACAUUUUCUAAUUAUAAGCCACAGAACUUACAUAUAUCGUAUACAUAUCGGCAAAAAUCUUGCAAAAGAAGAAAAAACUGUAAAAGUUAGAUUUACACAAAAACCUAUUAACACAAAAUAUAUGCAACAUAUCAAUUAAAAACAUAUCAAAUAUGAAGGGGAGAAGAAAGUUGAAAUUAAAUAAAGUUAAGAAUAUUAUAUAUAAAUAUAUUUAUUGCUAAACACACCAAAGACAAUUUUACACUUGAUAUUCAAUUUUUCUUUUCUCUUCAGUUUUUGUUUGUCUUUUAUUUCGAAUUCCAUUUUAAAAAAUUGUCACUUGUUUCAGGGUUUUAAUACCAAAACUGACCCAUUGAACAUUUAAAACGCUGAAACAAUUUUACAAUAGACAAUCUUCGAAAAACAAUUCUUUAUUAAACAAGAAACAAGCUUAAUGAAAUUUAAUUUUAAAUUAAUUUAGGUUACAAAUUUAAUUUAAUAUUUUUUAUUUAGUUGCUAGACAAUUUAGAAAUAAACAAAUCCACCUAAAGUCACAAGAAAUAGUUGAAAUGUAUUUGAAUGAAACAAGUAAACGAAACAUAUCAGUCAGUUACUGAAAAUUUGUAGCAAACAAAAUACUCCAGCAACAAGAGAGAAUUACUCUUCAAAAAUCAAACAAAAAAAUGCUAUAUAAAACUAUACGCAAUACCAAAACAAAAUUAAUGUUUGAAUUAAAUACAGUAAAAUAGAUCGAGUUUUAUGAGGAAAAACACCCUACAACACAAUGGAGUCUAUGUGUAAAUGCAUUAUAAUUAGAAUUGCAAAAAAAAACAUACAAACAGAGGCGAAACGAAAUUUAAAUAAAAUUUUUAACAUUCCAAUGAUGCUAUUUCUUUGGUGUGCUGUUUUAAACAACAA